AUGGUCACUGCAUUACCUCCUGGUAUAUAUAUUCCAAUACCAACAUUUUUUCAAGCUGAAUCAUCUGAUGAACAACCAGUUGAUGUUGAUGCAUUAACUCGACAUGUUAAAUAUUUAUGUUCAGCUGGUGUUCAUGGUAUUAUUUGUAUGGGUUCCACAGGUGAAGCUGUUCAUUUAAAUGAAGAAGAACGACAACUUGUUUUACGUACUGCACGAAAAACAAUUGAUGAUACAUCAUCAAAUGUUAAAUUAAUUGCUGGUUGUUCACAAGAAUCUGUUCGUGGAACAUUACAUUUAAUUGAACAAGCAGCAAAAUCUGGUGCUGAAUAUGCUAUGGUUUUACCACCAUCAUAUUAUCUUGCAUGGACAUCAAAUAGAUCCGAUGUUAUUUAUUCAUUUUUUACUAAAGUAGCUGAUAAAUCACCAAUACCAAUAGUUAUUUAUAAUUUUCCUGGUGUUACACAACAAAUGGAUACAACACAAGAAACAAUUGUUAAAUUAGCUGCACAUCCAAAUAUUGUUGGUAUUAAAUGUACAGAUGGUAAUGUUGGUAAAGCUGCUUAUAUCUGUGAACAUACUGAUCCAAAAAAAUUUACUGUAAUGAGUGGUUCAGCUGAUAGUUUUGUUCCAUUUUUAAGUGUUGGUGCUCAAGGAUGUAUACCAGGUUUUGGUAAUAUUGCACCAUAUAUACUUUGUCAAUUAUUUAAUUUAUAUACAAAACAUUCUACUGAUCAAUGGAAAGAAAUACAACGUCUUCAAGGUAAAAUUGUUGCAUCUGAUCAUGCAUUCUUUCGUUGGAAUGGAAUAUCUGGUCUUAAAUCAGCUAUGCAACAAAUAUUAGGUUAUGGUGGUCUUGCACGUGCACCAUUAUUACCAACACCACCUGAACUACAAGAAAAAAUUGUUAAAGCUCUGGAACCAGUACUUGAAAUCGAACGUGAAUUAGCUUCUAAAUCAUCAAGCAAAUAA